AUGACGGCUGUUCAUAAAGCGGGGUCGCUUUUGACCGGUUGGAUGCGCUCGUGCUGGUCAUGUUUAUCGCCAGACGAAGAGACCCGGGAAGCUCACGAUGCCCCGCGAGCGCACGACCAAGGUGUCAAACGCGACAUGCAAGUAUGCCAUACACAACCGCAUCUGGUCCCUCCUAUGAAACUGGUUGUAUACGAUGACCUACCAAGCCCACGCAUAAACCACACGCGAAACUCGCUGUCGCUGUCUUCAUGGCUGGAGGAAGGUCGCAACCUUGCUGAGAGAGCGUCAAACCGUGCAAGUAUGACAAUUUCUCGGAAAAGACAUACCACUACGCCGUUGAAGAUCAGUGGCCCAGCGGAUUUCCGCAGAGUUCAAUCAUUUCAUCAACCCUCUCCUUUGAAAUACGAGCCAUUAGAGCUGAGCAUCUAUCGGUCGGGUAAAAGGUUAUCAGACCUACCCUCAUUUGAAUCAUUCCAGUUCCAAGGUGGGCAGCAACGCCAAACGUUAGCCAUUCCGCCUCGAGCUCUAUCUUCGCCUAAAACGACUCAUCGACGAUGCGUGUCAACUGCAUCUGGAUUCUCUGUGUCUCGCAAGCCUGUCGGAUCAGGGGAUAACCGUCGCUCUCUGGGUAAUAUUGAACUCUCCAUUGAGCGCCGUGAGCCAGUUCGUAUACCAAGCUCUUUGAUUCCGCACUUCUCUGUUGUAAAACCGGUCCAGGUGAACGUAACAGACGCUCCCCUUCCUAUACGAUCUGUUUCGAUAUAUCCUGUAGAGGAUGUAACAGCAUUGUGGAAGGAUAGUAUGCUCACGUUGGACACUAAUGUAUCAACUGAGCACGUGCACGAUUUUGAUUCACCACAGCUUGUGGAACCAAUCCUUCGAACUCCAGUAACCAGGAAUGAGUCAGGAAAAGAGGACGCGGAAGAGCAGCAAUCUCCAGUUGAGUCAUCGUGGCUCAAAGACUCCCCUUCAACUUGCAGCUCUCGCACCUUCCCCUCCCGACUGUCCUCAUUGCGUCGUCCUUCUUUCACUCCAACUGAUAACCGCAAGACUAUCGCUUCGGUACCUCUCCCAAGCCGCCUAUCGGACUGGUUCUUCCCAGAGAAAGCCAAAGAUACAUCGCCCAGACAAGUUUCGCUCACUGGGGAGAAGGGCUUCGAAUGGGAGCGCACUCGUACGCUGAGCGAUACGACCGUUGCCUCGACUAUCACCACAGUCACUGCGGGGACUAAAUCACGAAACCUGAAUGCCUCUAUUUCGAGCUCGUGCACCGGUGCUUCUACAUUGCAACUGUCCCUGCAUAGACCAUCUCUAAGUAAAGACAAGGAUAUCGAGACACCCAUCUACCAUCCAACAAUCUAUGAAGGUCGACCUCAGCACAAUACGUUCUCUCAUCACCGUCAUGAUGAUCCGGCUCUAUUACAGGAGGCUACUAUCGGAGUAGCCUUCUAA